AUGUAUACGCCAAAGAACUGCUUACAGGGAGCCAGGCUAACUGACUACUUGAGAGCCGGUGUCAUAAGGUUAGAUUUACGUGUAUUAGUAAUGAUUCAUGCUACGAAAUUCUGGAUUUUUUGCAGCUUAGAUGGGAUAGGCCAUACUGGAGAACAAUAGUAUAGUCUGCUAAAUACCAGCGCAUUUAUAACAUUCUGCAGUGUCCUGGUGUCGAGAAGAUGUCUCACUCUAUUUUAAUAUCUGACAUAAUCUACCUAAACAUGACGAGACAAUGUUUGUGAUACGUUCAUCAAUUCUAAGGAUGGAGUCUACUUGAAGUCCCAGGUCUCGUGCAGAGGCCAGAGAAACCUCCUUUACAGUUAGUUUCUGAAGCAUUUGUCGGGUUCCCAGCACCAUCAGCAUUCUGUUUACCACAGCCUCCCCAAAAUAUAAACCCUUAUCAAACUUAGAUAAAAUGGUUUGUUUGUAAAUUCUUAACGGAACAUUUGUACUUAAAAAGGAUGAAAUCCUUCAUAGAGAAAACUGUCCACUAGAUUUUAUUUUUGUAAGGUGCGUUCGAUUGACGCUAUUCCGAAAAAAGAAUGCACAGACCCCAGCCCUACAACGUAUCUGCUUGGAAACCCAAGAUAGAGUUUAGCGAUAGACUCUCCUUGUGAAUUAUGUGCCCAUUUUCGACAGACAUUAGUGAGCGUUUAGGUUAAUUUUCACGCCCACUUAAUAUGCGAUAACAUGUCGACCCUAAUUUUUGUUAAGCCCGGGCUUAAUGGCUUGAAGACAGCUACACCCCCGCGUAAAAAAUGAGUGUUUGAUAUUUGAAAUACUAAUCACCAGACACCAAAGACCUACACUCAACAGUCAAGCGGACCUCCAUCCAAGAAAAACUCUCAAACUGUCAUUUUUCCUUUUUCACGUAUAACUCUAAAUGGACUUUUUCACACUUUCCUUUACAGUAUAUAUUUAUCUACCUGGCCCCGGUUGUUCAAACGUUGAAUAGCUCUAUCCAACGGAUAAAUCACAAUCCAGCGGAUAGCAUAAUUGAUUUCCGUAAUACUAAUCCGCUGGAUAGUGAUUUAUCCUGUGGAUGGCGCUAUCCAACGUUUGAACAACCGGGGCCUAGAGUUGGACAAACCAGGUUGCCUGAAAUCUGAAGUCAAGUCCAACACGUUGCAGGCAAUCUUUCAAAGCAUAAUUUGCUUAAAGCCGGGAUGCUUUUAGUGUAAAAAUUAAAAUCCCGGUCCUUCCUCAGGACUAACCACACUCAGCCCUUGCCGGGGACCAUGGGCUCCAAAUAACUUCCUGGAAUUGACAGAAAUCAGUGGAAAUUCCAGAAAAAAUGCUCGAGAGGGGCAACAGCCUGUUGCACCCGUUGAGCCAGCUAACUUUUUUGAAGGGAGCUUCCAUCUAGGUGGGUUUCAGCCUGUUGCACAUACAUAGGGCUAUCAGGUGGUAUGCAUUUGGGGCAGCCUGGUUAAAUUCCAGGGGGAUGGGGAUGUUCUAAAGAGCCUGGUUUGUGCUGGACUGUGGAUUUGCUAAAAUUUCCACCUGGGCUUAUCCCUGUUUUUCAAAGCUCAGUGUCUCCUUUAAAUUGAAGGGGGGAGUGAGGGAAGGCUUGUGUCUAGCUGGGUGUCAGCUUGUUGCACAGUAGGGCUAUCAGCUGGUAUGCAUUCGGAGUAGCCUGGUUAAAUUUCAGGGGGGUGGGGUUGUUUUAAAGUUUCAUGUGUUACCCGAGGAAGGAAGAGUUUUGUGCAGUUUGCAUGCAAGCAAUGAAACCGUGCUCUUUUGCUAAUGUUCCAAGUUCCCGGGGACCGGGUCCAAGUUAGCAAGCAGUUAAAUUGGUACAAAAACAAAACUGAAUGCAGGGUUGGCACUACGACAAAGGGCUGAUUUAUUAUAGGCCAAUAUUUUGGCUAAAAAACUUAGCCUUUCUCAGGGCUAGAGCUAUACCGAGAGAAAAUAUCAUUUAACGGCUCCUAAAAUUUGAAUUUAAAAUUCACAUAAGUGGUUAAUGAUUAACUACAAUUUUAAAUGCUAGAUAGAGUAAUAUACAGGAAAAUGAUUAUACAAUAAAAAUAGAAAUAGAAAGAGUUCAAUGUUCAUUCCUUCGGUUCAGACCGUCUGGUGUCAAGGUUUUGCAGUUGUAGGACUUCUUUUCUUUGAGCACUGUUAUUUUGGAUUGUAUUUGGGAUAGCCCAUUUAAAAAAAAAAAAAAACAGCAGAGGUACAAUGUUUAUCAACUGAAGAUUUGACUAGGGAUUUUAUUUCUAUAAUUAUAGUUUCGUACUACACGAUGGUAUACAUGUAACACUCUUCAGAUAGAAUAGCCUAAUAAUAGAUUGCAACAGUACGCUGAUUAUAUUAUAACUGAAAUUCUAGAAUCUUGUUACUAUAUAUCUAGCCGAUUUUUUGAAAACCAACCUAACGAAAUUUUCAGUCAUUUGAGUGAAAAAGCAUCAAAAGGCAAGUUUCGUAAGCCCGAGAAGCUCCAAAAUCAUAGUAACGAAGGAAAAGGAAAGGAGAAAAAGAAAGAGCGAGGAGAAGGAAAGGAGGAGAAGAGAAAAAUGCAAUGGUUGCACUCUUAGUUUGUAUAAAUAGCUACUUUGGAGAAAAAACUGUUUGACACAAAAGGUCCAUUGGGCCAUAACGUUAUCAAAAAUCCGGCUAGAUAUACAAAGCUGUUUCUAUGGAUUCUAUUGUAACAAAAAAGGACUUGAAACUUUUCAACAGAAAUUUGCUAGCGUGUCUACACGAAGAUAGAAGCUAGUUGCGCUUGUUAAGGGUGGCUAGAUGGGGCUUACAGAUUAUAAAAUACUUCUCCCAUGCACAGACUUAAAUUGCACCGUUUGGAGAAGGAACUGUAGGCGAUAGCCUGCUUCAAAAUCUUCCAGGUGAUUCGGAAGUUAAUGCGUUGUAUCUAUAGUAACUGCACUAUAAAAAUUCAGUUGGCUAUUUUAUCUGAAGAGUGCUAUUAAUAUAUAUAUUAAUAAAUGCCUUCAAAAAAGUCUUUAGUUAUUGUACUUUUCUGGUAUUCUCGCUCUAGUUCUUGUAUUGAGCACUCUGACAGCAGUUCUGCAUUAGCUGAAAUCAAGUGUACAUGUGUUAUGUAUAUCCAUAAAAUCAUGUUAAUUUCUUAGCUUUUUAAAGAUGAUGACAUGAAGCUCGAUUAAGCCAUCGAAACGUCAAGUUUUUUUUAAUCGUUGAUUUUAAAAAAUACGAAAAAUUGAGUUGGAUCAUCAUUAUAACAAAAAACAUUUAAAUUUCUGAUAAGUUUAAAUUUCUGUCAGUUUUCGCCCCAUCGUUAGCGUUUCUUUUGCUGUUUCAUCUUCAUUAGCGCCUUUCUAAGGUUCUAUAGUUUCAUUUUCUGCAUGUUCUAGCGUAUUUUACCCGGCCUUCCUUCCAUGAAGAGACGGGUUAUAAAAUGGCCUGGAUUUUUCCUUCGUCGUCGAAUCGACCUCUGCUCUUUAAAGCGCGUGCCUCUACUGGCGAAAUAUCACGUGAUCGAUUUCGGGAAAAUUCAUUGGCUCAGAGGCAAACUCCCCUUGACAUGUUGUCGAGAACAAAAGGCAGCUUUUUCCAGUCGAUAGCGUUAACAUUGUGGUUUUGUUGCCUCUAUGACAGAUUGACAAUUAGUUUGGUCGAAAUGUUUAGUAAUAUUUGUUUUCUAGAGGAUAAUCCAUCCUAGCACUGUCAACAAACACAGUGGCUCGAUCCGUUUAAUCGAGAUCGGCGUUGCGAUCCCUAGUUUCGAAAAGAAGACAUUCUAAAAAGGUGGAUAAAUUUCACUUUUUGUGUUUAGUGCAAGUCUCGAGAAUUUAUAUAGCAGUUGAAGAAACACUAUUGGGCUUUCUUUUGGCGAGUAAGCGUGUACCGUGGUGUAAGGAAGAAGCAGUUUCCUAAAACGUAUGGACCGUUUUUGUGCUAAAUUGUACAACUUGGCUGUUCCAUCUGUAUAAACACGUCCACGUGAAGGGUAUGGUUUUCAAGCAGUUUACUCUAGGAUAGGGUAUAUAAAUCAGAGAGUUUGGAUCUAGAAUAGGGUAUCAUCUUUCAGGAAAGCGAUCAGUUGGUUAAAGAUUUUAUCUAGACUAUGGAAACAGCUACUCUAGGAUAGGGGGGAUUUAGGGAGUUUACUUUAAGAUAGGGUAGCAAAAUUUAGCUGAACUAGCUCUGGUAUAGGUUAAGGGUUCCAGGAUCUCAGCGGCACAUCCCCACCCAGAAAUUCCUUAAGUACCCCCCGGACAAAUCUGACUGUUCAUCGCCGAAGUUUGUGCUUUGUCCAAGUGUCGUGCUUCCCGGCAGUCUCGGUAUAAAAACGGAAACUUACUAUAUCGAGGGAAAGAAAUAUUCUUUGACUUAAGGAUUAACUUGUAUCGAGCUCGCACGGAAGCGGCAGGUUUGUAAAACACGUAGAGUUGUUGGACGCUAAAAUCGACAUGAUUUUGAUCGAUCAAGAACAUCUCAUUGUUAAAUUAAAUCAAAAAUUAUAUGUAAGCUUCAGACUGUGUAAGCUUAUAGCUUUUUAAAAAAUGGGCGAUUGCUUACUAUCGAAUUUCGAUCUUGCAAAACUCCAUUUUGAUCGAUCCAACAUUUACAUUAGAAAUUUCAAAUUGAUCUAAAAAUGCUAUGAAGUUUUCUCUUUGCUGUGUUCAGCUACUGUACAAUCAAACUUGCAAUUCAAAGGAUCGACAAAUCGAUUAUAAUAUUCUGUAUUUUAAGUUGGUUUUGGGAUUAUCCUCAACGAGGUACACAAGGGUAUAGGUUUGGGUUUGCUGUGGUUUUUUUCUUUGCUUCUUGUUGAAUCAAUAACAAGGCAAUGAAAUAUUGACAUUUCCUUUAUUUAUUUACUUUUUUUCAGAGAAGAUGAACUUGAUCCCAAAUCAUCAGACGAUAAGUGCAGCAACACUUUUCGAACUUUUCUGAUGAUGAAUUAACUAAAAGAAGAUGCUGGUAGUUGGUCUUUGAAGUACAGUGAAACCUGCAUUAAGCGGACACCGUAUUAAGCGGACAGUAGCCGAAGUCCCAAAAUUUAUUUCCCUUAUUUGCUUUAAAUGAAACCUUUAGUAAGCGGACACCUCUAUUAAGCGGACGCGGACACCUACAAAGUACCUGAAAUGGUCAUUUCUAUUGUUGCCAACCUGUAUUAAUAAUCAAAUGCCACCACCCAACAUGCCAGUCACCGGAAAUGCGAAGAUUGACUCGAACUGCCACCCACAAAUUUUACAUUAAAAAAUGUGACUUGACGAACAUACUUGAUUAGUUUCACGGUACAGUAUUGUUUUAUUUCAUUUUGUUUGUAUAGAGCUUGUUUCACUCAUCUGAUUUCUUCAAAUUUGAGUUGCAAUCUAUGUUUAUGGUAUUAUGAUCAACUGGUCCACUUUGAUAAGGAAAUUAAUGCAAACGUAUAUCGUCAAAAUCUCUGGGAGUAUUCUUAACCUUUCCACUGUUCAUUUAAAUGGCAUUUGACACCUCAUAUGACGUUAUCUAUCGAAACCUGUACAGCAUUCCCCGAGGGUGUCCGCUUAAUACAGGUUUCACUGUACCUGUAUCAGAGUGACAAUAAUAUCAGGGGCACCCAACGAGAACAUAGUGCAAAACCACUUAAACAUAGCAUUGAUAAACGUAUCUUAGUAUUUAAACGAUGGAUAUAGGCAUAUUUUUAUUCCCUAAAAUUUUGUUUGGAUUUCCUAGCUGAAUGUCCAGUGAUGCGAAAAUUAAAAGGGAUCAAAACUUAACUUUGCGAAAAUUUCAGCUAGAAAAAAGGCUCUCGAAAAUUCUAGAUGGCCUUUUUUAGGGUUAAAAUUCGUUAAAAAUGGCCAAUCAUACCAUUUUUUAGAUGUUCGAAAAUCCUAAGAGAGGCGGGCAAGCAAGAAAUUCAUUGCCUCAAACGGCUCCGAAGACUUUGUCCGUUUGCGUUUGUAAUGCGGCCAACAUCUAAAAACAGUUAUCAGUGUUUUCUUAUCCUUGUCCAAAGUUUCAAUGUUUGCACAUUUUCAAGAAUCUAUGCUUUGAUUGUUUCUGAUACAAACUUUCAUCAGUUUGGUCAUACAUUUUCCUUUUAAAUGGCCCAGACAAGAAGCCAAAACAAAACAGCAGCAAAACAAAACGACAUUCACAGCAACAAGAAGCCAAGAGUGUUCGCCGUGACGAACCGCCGUCAGCCAACAAAACUUUUUUUUGGCGCGUUGUCGCAGGGACUUCGCGCUGAUUGGCUAGUUUGCAUUGCCUAUUGUAUUUUCUGGCAUUUGAUUGGCUCAGACCAGCUGUCCUAUUUUUCUUAAAUUAAACGAUAGUUUUGCUCUCAGCCAAUGAAUUACUAUGCUAUACUCCAUUCGCUCCUUCUCGGAUAGCUUCAGGGCUAGUUCAGUGAGAAAUCGUUCGGCUUCUCUACAAUUUCCUCCAUACGGUGAGAACACGAGAGAGCUGAAGGAGCCAUGCUCCACUUCAAUAUUUCGCCGGUUGCAGUGUCACUUUUCCUCAUUCUCAUUGCUCGCGAAAGCCGAGUCAAGUUUCUGGUUGAGGACUUUGGGUGGCUCUUUGCGAAAGGGUUAAAAACCCUGACAUCGAAAAAUGCACGUUGCCCCCUUUGCCAAAAACCGAGCGCACUGAUAUCCAAGCGAGCUUUAUCAAAGGGGUAGGCACUGCGGGUUAAAACUUCUCCUGUGAAGGUCUGAAUCGAAUGUGUGGCUCAACCUCAACAUUAUGGCAUACGUCCUUGAGAAGGGAUGUGAACAGGUCUCGCACUUCGUCAUGCCUCCUAUGGACAAAUCCGCCUUUCAUACCCGACAUUGCAUGAUCGACGGCGAAUCUCUUGCCGUGCAAGGACAAAUUGAUGGCGGGUACUUCAGUGUCCAGCCCACUUAAUCACUACUUUUAGAUUUAAUUCAGUACUGUGUGGCUUUGUGGCUCUGUGUAGCUCUGAUGAGCUUAAUUAAAUCAAUGGUAACUGUUAUUCUUAUUUCCUUUGAAAGAGUGCGAUUAUUGUUAUUUUGACUGUUAAACUGAAAGCAACUGAAUUAAAAGAGAGACUUGGUCUCUUUGUUCUCUGUCCAGCCACUUUGUUAAUACGACCACUGAAAUGUCUGUGUCGUUACGAUUAUCCAAGUGUGCUGCUAUUUCAUAGCUGACAAAAUAUCACCUGUAACAGGGGCGGAUCCAGGAUUUUUUUUAGGAGGGGGUGCACUCGUCUCUUGCUCUGCUUCAACACCAAUAAACCACAUAGUGUUUUUUUUUGCAGAAUACCAGUUGUAUUACAAAACCACAGGUCAUCUCAGGAAGGGGGGGGGUGCGCACCCCCUGCACCCUCCCCCUAGAUCCGCCCCUGUGUAAAGAUGAUACACUCAAUAUGACUCACGUAGCUCAUUGAAGAAUUGUUCAAUUCGCAUGAUCAUCCGCCGCUCCAUACAACUCUCACAUAAUGUAUAGUUUACAUAUAAUGAGGGAAAAAGAACACUUAGGAAACGUUCGAUCCGUCGAUCGAGCUACGAGCUCGCACUUUUUUAAAACAAAAAGCCGUUUAUAUUAGACAAUAAUAUCAAAUCGACUUGUUACGUUUGGACAGUGUUGCCAUCGAACCAUAACGGCUUUUUGCUAUUUUUUGACGUAUUCUUGAGUUCCAAACCACUUAAAUGCUGAAAUUAAAUCGGGACCAACUGGUCCCGGUCGGGUUCAACUGACAACCAUAACUCUUGUGAAGGCAUCAUUUUCAAGUGUUAAAAAUUUGUGCCGUCGGUUUCAAAUUCCGCGAAGGUUAAAAAGAAAGAUAAAAGAAGUAAAUAACAAUAAUAUAAAGAUUUAGCUAGGGCUAAAAGUGUAGCUCCAGUUAAUAAAUUUAUAAUUUUUAAUCAAACAGUAAACUUGUAAGCCACAAAUCGGUUAAUAAGCCAACACCACACUCACCUAUGAUGGGCCUUUGUGUCUUCUCGUCGUCUUCAUUAUCAAAUUGUUCUCUAAAUAUAUUCAUGUGCGUCGCCAGCGACAUAUUUAUCAUAAAAACAAGAAAAAAAAUAAAGUCAGCUCUAAUUCCUGCUGUCAUUGUCUUAGUACUAGAGUGAAGGAAUGAGUUUAAUCCACAAGAGUGUAAUUUCAGGAGGCAUUUCGACAGGUGUACCAGGAGUCCAAGUAAAGAGGGGUCACUAAGGGUUAUUGAGAAACCUGCUAAUACCAUGACUCCAUCGCUUGUGUACUGAAUUUACCGGCGGGGAGGAGCGCGGGAAUAAUAUGUACGAAUAACAAAAAGUCUAUUUAAUCGAUCGCGGUCAACUCAUCCGGACAUUAAAGAAAAUGCUAUUGCUAUUCAAAAGCUGCAGAUCCGUCAUUGGAACAAUAACCUGUUGUUUUGAAGCGACCUUUUAGAGUUCCCGGUUUGGAAUUUUUCAGAGGUACGCACAUUUUUUUUAAACCGUAUGAAACUGCAAUAAGCGUAAGAGUCUCUUGGCCUUUAAUAACAACAUCUCGAACCAAAUUCGAACGAAGAUUUAUUAUAACCGACGUGCUUAGGACAAUUUUUGAUUAUUGAUUAUUGAUGUCUAUGAAAUGAUGUAAGUAUAAAGUUGUAAAAUUCUUUGCCUACUUUUGGGUUCAAAAGACUGACAUGAAGCACGUCAAUCCCUUAUCAUUAAUGAAGCUAACAAUUGGAGCAUGCAGUAUCUCUGACUUAAUAGUUAUUUUUUAAAAACUUAGUGAUUUUUUUUACCAUAAGUUGCCACAUUAUUUUUGACCCUUCUACUGCGAAGACGGGCCGAGGAAAAACAACGCUUUACUCUUUACAAUCCAGCUUGCUGUCUGCGCGCUUCCCUCUCCACCAAUGAAUCUUUGGUCAGACGGAACCGCUCCCUAAUGAGUUGCGAGAACUAUUCACCCUACCGCCAGCACAUGGGGUUCUGGGUAUACCAGACCUGAAACCUGAAGCCCCACAGCAAUACGCUGCUUCAAAGUUAAUAACAGUACCGUAUGCAGGAACUAUACGAACGCAGGGCACUUUCAUGCCAGUGGGUGAGCAAAUUGUGGAAGACCUGAAACGACAACAGCAGUCGCUCAAGACGAGGGCAGCGAAUUUUAGAAGAGAGGCCAUUGAUGCAUCUCUCUCACCGGACUUCCCAAGGUCAACAAUGAAGGCCACAGACAAGGGUGUAAGCUCGUGGCUUAACGCCGUACCCUUUGAGGAGCAGGGCCUGACAUUGAAUAAGCAACAAUUCAGGGACUCGCUAAGCUUGCGUUAA